AUGGUGAUGUUGAGGGUCACGUUCCCAAAGGGCGUGGCAUUAGUGUUGAUGACUAUCAUAUUCAUGCUCUCGACCUUACUCACUAACUUGACGAGAAUGCCCUUAUGUCUUUCGCAAUGCACCCUGAGAAGAACGAGGUUUUCGUACAACCGAGCUUCGAUCUCGGGCAAUUGUUGUUCAUCAACAAUUAGGCUCUGCUCGUCCUCUAAUAUAAUCACAGAUUUCUUGACGAGCACGACUGAUUCCAUGGCUUGCUUUUCGGCUUUUGCCUCAAGAUACUUGAUGGCGUCCUCGAGGACUGAGCUUUUAUCCAUCUUGGAUUUAACGUAA